UCGACUUCUUGAAGAAGCGCAUUUGUUAAAUAACCUUAUACGCCGUCUGAGUCAUACUCGUCGUGCAUUGAAAUUAUCGAAAGACGACGUGAGGCAAAAGCCGGCGGUAUAGGAGGUUUAAAUCACUCUUGAAUCGUGGAAACCUGCGGCUGCUUCUGACCGACGCGCGAGUGCCCUAUACCCGCGUUUUCUUCAGCCUGUGUCGUCCGGAAACAAUCCCAAUUGGAAUCGUGAAGUUGCGGAGUUGGUUGGUGCGUUGCGCGAGGAGUUUUGAAGAUACCGAUUAAAAAGCUAAAAUGUGGCAAUUCCGCUACCCAAACGUGGCAGCGCUGGUGCUGUUUUUCGUGCUUUCCGCGAGUGGCCAAAAUGACUGGCAGAAUCAGCAAAUUGGGAAUAACAGGGAAGACUGCUGCGAAGAGUACUGCUACACCAGGGACGAGGAACCUUACGUAUACUUUGGUACCAAAACGGCCUACGAUACCUUGAACCGAAGAUCAGGUUCCCAACAUGAGAUACCAGGUUGCAAUCCGAUCCAGUUCUGGAGCCUCAUCAGACACGGCACCAGACUCCCCAACGCCCAGAAGAUCGAAGAACUACGAGGUCUCAGCAAGCUACACGCUGAAAUUUUAAGGAACUACGAAGAGCGCAGGUCGUAUCCCGACAAAGGGAGACUUUGCAUAGAAGACUAUAACCUAAUUACUAGGUGGCGUUGGAACGACACGAUAGCGACAGACAAAGCCGACUCGUUGACCAGACAAGGAGUGGAAGACCUCAAGCUAUUGGCUAGGAGGUACAAAUCAAAGUACCCACAAAUAUUCCAAGGCACAUACGAUGAGAAAACGUACAACUUCCAAUACGAGAGCGUUGAUCGCACUCAAGAAACCUACCAGGCCUAUAUCGAGGGCUUGUUUGGUAGCGAAGCGUAUCGAGUCCAUGCCAAUGUUCUCAACGAUGAAAGGUUGACCAAGCCCGACACGAGCUGUAAAAAUCUGAUGAACCGACAGGAUCAGAACGUAGGUUACAGGAAUGAAUACCAAUCAUUUUUGUCGAACCCCGAGUAUCAAAAAACAGCGAACGACGUCUUCAGAAGAUUAGGCUUUAGAUACAAUUUAAACGCUUCCGUCAUCAGUGACAUCUAUGAUCUGUGCAGAUACGAGAAGGCCUGGAACGUGCAGCAGAGGUCGCCCUGGUGCAUAUCUUUCACGAAAACCCAGCUGAAGUUCCUCGAGUACGGAGAAGAUUUGAAGCACUACUACAAAAGCGGGUACGGCAACAAAAUGAGCGAAAAAAUCGGUUGUUCCCCCGUGAAAGACUUUUACGAGAGGUUUGAAAAAACUGUAAAUGGUGAUACGAGCGGCAACAAGGCAACGUUCUUCUUCACCAAAGCCUCGACGCUGUUGAACGUGUUGACAGCGAUGGGUAUUGGAAGGGACUAUGCCCCAUUGCCAGCGGACAGGAACAGGAGGAAUUGGAAGACCUCUGAGUUGAGCCCGUUUGGCGCAAACUUGGCAGCUGUACUAUAUCAAUGCAGAGAUAACGAGUACAAAGUCAUGUUCUUUCUCAAUGAAGUUCCUGUGGAACUUCCAGAAUGUUCCGUGGGCCUAUGCAGUUGGUCCAUGGUCCAACAGAAGUACCAAGGCCUCGUGAAAAACUGUAACGUAAACGAUAUUUGUAACGAAAAUUCUGCGCAUAGUUUCUACCUGAAUUAUAUCCUCUACGUCUUCUCAGCAGCUGCAUUAUUGUACCUUAGAAUGUAAAGGAAAAAAUAACGCAAAUUCGCAACUUUUUCCAAAAGAAUACUAAACUGAUAUUCAGAAAAAAAAAUGUAAUUUUAUAGUGUAUUUGAUUCAAUUUAAAUGCAACUAUGGCAAAUUUAGUUUAUAAUCAAACCCCAUUAGCUGAAAACGCGCAACUAGCAAAAGUAUUUUGCCAUAUAAGUAUCAAAGUAUUAGUAUCAUCGUAGUUGAUAGAUUUUUCUACAGAUUUACCAAAACAUGCACCUUACACCUAAGCCUAUCUUAGUACAAAAAUUGUUGUUCUGUAAAAAUUUUAUAAUUUCUCUAAUAUACCUGUUUCAACUAACAUUUUCAACGCGCAGCACAGUGUGAUAAUUAUCAUCAUUAUUAUUGUUAUUAUAUUAGCAUGUACGAAUUUGGCAAGGACAAAAUAAUUCGACUGCGGAAUUAUUAUCUAUUGCCACAUUAAAAAAAUUAGUAAACUUUUUUAUAGAUCGUUACACAUAGUACCUAGCUACUUGUUAAUACAUAGAAGAAUGUUAGUAACAUUGUUAUUGUAAUUGUUAUGUGUAU